UCGCAAACCCGUUCGCUCUUCUUACUCGAGUGUGAGCUCUUCUCUUCUCCCUCCCUCUCGCAGCACCUCCUGCCUCCGCCGCCGUCCUCGAAAUCCACUCUCCUCCUUCUCGCCGUCGGCGCCGCAGACCAAGCAGUCAUUCGCAUUCCUAUUACGCUUGAGAAAGGUAGCUGACUUGGCCGUCCUAGUGCAGGAGGAAUAAGAUGCCACUUUACGAUUGUAUGCUUCUGUUUAAGCCCCAUAUACAGAAGAAAGACCUCUUGGAUUUGGUUACUAGGGUGGGGAAACAUGUUUGUAGAAGAAAUGGGGUUGUCACCGGUGUUAAGAGUUUCGGAGAAGUUCAAUUAGGCUACGGUAUAAAAAAGUUAGAUGGCAGACAUUUUAAGGGCUAUUUGAUGCAACUGAGCAUGAUGGCUACUCCUGAAAUAAACAAGGAGCUGCACUAUCUAAACAAGGAAGACCGGUUACUCCGCUGGCUUCUGGUUAAACAACGGGACUUUAGAUUUGGAAAUGAGUUCUUUAGUGAGCAAGGUGCACUUGAGCUAAGCAAUUUGUCUCAAAUCAGAAGACCUGAUGAUGAUGAGGACGACGACGACGACGAUGACGAGGAUGAGUAUGAGGUAGAUGAAGAAACAAAGUGAAGUGAAAGAGAAUUGAGUGUUUUUGUUUGCUUCUACUGUGAGACUAUGAAACCAUUGGCCUUGCAUUUUACGUGCCAGACAUCUAGUUAUUGAUAGUCAGUUAACAAGCACACGAUCAAUGAGCAUAACGAUGUUUUUAUUUUUAUCUUUA